UCUAAGUUUAAAAAUAUCUAUGAGCAUACUUUGUGUCAAAAAAGAUAUCUCUUAGCAUAGUUACAAAAAUAAGAAGGAAGAGAUAGACAUGAAGAAAAAAAGUUUGGACAGAAGAAAAGACAUAUAACAUGCGUGUGUCUUUGUUCGUUUGUAACAGAAAGUGAGGUGAACAUGAUGUCAUCCAAUUUGCUACAAUUAUCCAAAAUCAGAAGAAGCAAUCGCUCUGUUUCUAAUUCAUUCUCACUUCGAAUCUCUGCCACCUGCGAUGACCGCUCUCAUGCUCCAUCUUGUAUAUAUGUUGGCCCUCUUCAAACCGCCACCAAAGAGACCCUUGAAGCUCUUUAUUCUCAAGCAAGGGAUGCAUAUUACAGUGGUGAGCCUUUGAUAGUUGAUGACAUGUUUGAUAGAGUAGAGUUGAAGCUAAAGUGGUUUGGUUCUAAGUCAGUUGUGAAGUAUCCCCGAUGCAGUAUCAGGAGGCAAUCAACUUAUUCUGAUGCUCAGGAAGAUUUGUCUAUGGUUUUUGCAUUGGCAAGUACAUGGACACUGAUUUUUGCAUUUGGCAGUUCAGCAUGUGUUGGUCCAAUGUUGUACACAGUCACCUUGGCUUAUCAAAAUGCAUUUGAUUUAGGAUUAUCGUAUGGUACUAGCCAAGCAUCAGAACUAAGACCUCUUUUCAUGGUGAAUACCGUUAUCUUCAUGGCACUUGGUUUUGUCAUAGGAUAUCCAGUUGCUUCAGCUUCAGUUAAAGUACUUGAAGGCUUGUGGAGGAAUGGCUUGGCGGCAUUGAAGGGUUCAUGUCCAAAUUGUGGAGAAGAGGUAUUUGCAUUUGUAAGAACGGACAAGGCUAAUAACUCACCCCAUAGAGCACAGUGCCAUGUGUGUGAAUGCCUAUUGGAAUUUCGCACCGAAGUUGAGCAAUCAACUUCAAGAUUCGGUAGACAAUGGGUUUAUGGACGUAUUUAUCUUGUUCGUAGAUCCAGACGCCAAAGGGAGCUGUAAAUUUUCUUCCCAUCAUCUGUGACUAUGAUUGUCAAUAUUAAAGAAAGGAAUACAAGCAACUUCUGUUUAGUUCUUAAUUAUAGUCACAGAACCCAAUUUGUACACUUCUAGCAUGGAAUGAGUUUAUUGAUUUAUUUGAUUCGAUUGUGUUAUUGAUAACAAUUGAAGUUUUCAGAGGAUUAUAGAUAUUGAAAUGUAAUCUUGGAGAUGAAGGGUCAAAUAUAAACCAACAUACAUGAGCUUAA